CGGAUCCUAUUGAGGUAAAGAUCCGAAACCCGAUCCUAAUCAUCAACCCUGGAUCCGCUUUCUCGCUUCAACUUUGGCGCCCUCUUUUGGCUCUCCCGCUUCGAAGAUUUGCGUCUCGAUCUCCAUCAAACCCUAGCCAUUCUUCUCCGAUUAGGGUUCUAUAAUUUCAAUCCAAAAUCAGUGAUUUUGCUUUAUUUGUUUUUGUUUUUCUAGAUUUUUGUUUAAUUUAAUUGAUCUUUUUCAAUCAAAAUGGUUGGGAAUGGUGAUGUAUCUGCUGAUCAUGUCAUUGCUGAACUGAUUGAUAUGGGUUUUGCAUUUGAUAAGGCUGUGAAGGCCACUGAAGUUGUUGGUCCUUGUCUUGAUGAUGCUCUGGAGUUUAUCUUGAAUGGUUCUUGUGAUAGAACUAGGACUCUGGAUUGUUGUUCUACCGCCCAGCCGCGAACUCUGGGCUUGCGCAGGUUGAAGCAAUCGAACAUCACAGAUCAUGUUUGUCCUAGUGAUAAGAAAAAAAGGAGCCUUUCUUGUGGUUCUUGUGAUGCCUCCUCUUCUAAGCAUAUGAAAAUUCAGGCUCGAUUUGAGCCUGCUGCCAAAUCUUCUAAGCAGGAAUUUGGUGUUCAUGUGGAAGCUGCAGAGCCUGUGCUGACAUUGCAGGGGAAAACUAAUGUUGUAAAGCCGAAGUUGUGUAGCUCACAGUGUGGAGGUGUUGAGUUGGAAUGGGAGCAGAAGGUUUCUGGUAUUUUGCGAAAGCAUUUUGGGUUUUCAUCAUUGAAGAGUUUCCAAAAAGAAGCUUUGGAGGCUUGGUUGACGAACAGAGAUUGCCUUGUGCUUGCCGCUACUGGAUCAGGCAAAUCUCUUUGCUUCCAAAUUCCUGCACUGUUGUCUGGGAAAAUUGUUGUUGUCAUUUCACCCUUGAUUAGUUUGAUGCAUGAUCAGUGCCUAAAGCUUGCUAAGCAUGGGGUGUCAGCAUGCUUCCUAGGAUCGGGACAACCUGAUAGCAGUGUUGAGAGCAAAGCCAUGAGUGGUAUAUAUAGCAUUGUCUAUGUCUGCCCUGAGACAGUGUUAAGGCUCAUAGAACCACUCAAGAGGCUUGCUGAGAGUCAUGGAAUUGCGCUCUUUGCUAUUGAUGAAGUGCAUUGUGUUUCUAAGUGGGGACAUGAUUUUCGACCUGAUUACAGGCGAUUGUCUGUCUUGCGAGAAAAUUUUAGCACUAGCAAGUUAAAGUUCUUGAAGUUUGAUAUCCCAUUAAUAGCACUAACAGCUACAGCAACAAUUCCUGUUCGAGAAGACAUUGUCAAGUCAUUGCACAUGUCAAAUGAAACAAAGAUAAUCCUUACGUCUUUCUUCCGACCAAAUCUUCAAUUUUCAGUGAAGCACAGCAGGACAUCUUCUGUAUCAUCAUAUGAAAAGGAUUUUCGUGUACUUAUAGAAACUUAUGCUGUAGAAAGGAGGGUAAAAAUAAAAAAAUCAGGCUGCUCAAAUGAUAUAGAUGAAGAUUCUCACUUCUCCAGCAGAUCAUUAGAUGAUAACAGCUCUGUUGGCGAGGAAUCAUUCUCAUCUGAUAUGAAUCCUGACUAUGAUCAUGAUGGUGGCAAUACAAAUGAUAUAGAUUCAACAGAUGACGAUUCUGCAUUUUCUUGUGGGAAAAACAAGCUGACAGUUGAAUUUCUUGAAGAUGAGCUAGACAACACUCUAUACGUAGAUGAUUUUGAUGUUUCAUGUGGUGAAUUCAUUGGAAAUCCUUUAUCUGCAAGCUCUGAGUUUUGUCAAGCAUCAGUGAUACCUAGCAAAGAAGCAUCUUUAGAACAAGGCCCUACAAUUGUAUAUGUACCCACAAGGAAAGAAACAUUAAAAGUAGCAGAAUACCUUUCAAGACAUGGUGUUAGAGCUGCAGCUUAUCACGCAAAGCUUCCAAAAUCCCAUUUGAGACGCGUCCAUGAUGAAUUUCACCGCAACCAGUUGCAGGUUGUUGUGGCAACAAUUGCUUUUGGUAUGGGUAUUGACAAGUCAAAUGUUCGAAGAAUUAUCCAUUAUGGUUGGCCACAGAGUUUGGAAGCAUAUUAUCAAGAAGCAGGUCGAGCUGGAAGGGAUGGGAAGCUAUCAGAUUGUACUUUAUAUGUGAACUUGUCUAGAAUACCAACACUUCUUCCUAGUCAAAGAAGUGAAGAACAGACGAAACAAGCUUAUAGAAUGCUAUCUGACUGUUUCAGAUAUGCUAUGAAUAAUUCAGUGUGCAGAUCGAGGACACUGGUGAAGUACUUUGGUGAGGAGCUUACUAGCGAAAGAUGUCAUUUAUGUGAUGUCUGUGUUGGUGGACCGCCAAAAAUUCAAAAUCUAAAGGAAGAAGCGGCCAUUUUUCUUAGGGUAGUGAAAGCUGAAUAUAUGGGUGUCAAUGCAGUGUAUGGUGAAAGCAGUAAUCGAAAUUUCCUAGAGAGACCCAAUUUCAAGACACUUGUCAGUAAAAUAAGGCAACGGUUUCAUAAAUACUCAGCUAGUGAUCGGCUAUGGUGGCAAGGUCUCGCACGCAUACUAGAAGAUAAGGGGUACAUUAGAGAAGGCGACGUUGACAAGGUGCACGUUUGCAUCAAAUACCCAGAACCAACAGAACUGGGAUUGGAAUUUCUUCAGUCUGGGGAAACCUUGGAUGCAUACCCAGAAGGAGACAUGUUACUAUCAACGGAGAAAAAGCCAUACUCAAGUUUCUCCGACUGGGGACGAGGUUGGGCUGAUCCUGAGAUUCGUCGGCAAAGACUCCAACGAACAAAAUGCAGGUCUCGGAAGAGGAAGAUGCGCUCCAAGCGACCUCCCAGGGAUUCAAACACGGUCAGGGGAAGGUUAUCUGCGAAAUUAGCCAAAGUGAAACACUAGAAUAUUGUAGUUUUUGUGAUCUACUAUUUGUUAAUCUUUAACUCAAGUAAGACAUCAUACUUAUUUAA